AUGGUGGCCAAAGAUCGCAGGGCGCAGAAGAGCGAGUUCUUCAGCUUGGUGCCCCACUCAGGGAGUGUGGCUGCAGAGGUUCUCAGGCGCUAUUUGCGCAGGAAGAAGGGAAGAACAGGGGAUGACUGCCAGGUGAACAGCCUCGAGCUUGGUCUUCGUUCCGAGCAGCUCGAGUGGAAGCUAUCGGACACAAACACAGACGGCCUCUUGGACUACAUCGAGUUUGCACAGCGCAUCGCCGAGGUGACCGGCAUCAGCACAACAGCGUUCCCAGUGCCCAGACCCGAUGAGGAUGUGCUGGAACCUCCCAGCGCAACCGUCUCCGCCUUCGACGCGGCAGCGGGCAUGUCUGAAGCUUGGCAUGACAUUUGCCUGGCUCGUCUCCUCUGCGGCUUCCAGGAGCUUGGCUGGAGUAUCGAUAAA